AACAUCGAGCCCCUUACCCGCAUUCUGAUGCUCGAAAACGGCCGCCCAAUCACCGGCGCCAAACAAGAGAUCCAAUACGCCGCCUCCUUCAUCAACUGGUUCGCCGGCGAAGCAACCCGCUCUUAUGGAUACAUGACUCAAGGCACAGCACUGGGCAACCGGGUGGUCACUAUCAAGCAGCCCGUGGGUGUAGUUGGGGUAUUGACGCCCUGGAACUUCCCGUCGGCGAUGAUCACGCGGAAAGUCGCGGGGGCGAUUGUGGCAGGAUGUACUGUCGUGAUCAAGCCGGCUGCUGAGACGCCGUACUCUGCGCUGGCGCUGGCUGCGUUGGCUGAAAAGGCGGGGUUGCCGGCUGGGGUGUUGAAUGUGGUUACUACGGAUGGAAGAUCUCGUAGACCUUCCUAA